AUGAAGUUCUCCGUCCUCUCUAUCCUGACCCUCGGUCUCACCGCUGGUGCCCUCGCCGCCCCUGCUAACGUUGAGCGCGAUCUUCCUACCAUUAAGGGUGUCCUGUCUGGCAUAGGCCCCAAAGUCGAUGCCCUUGACUCGGCGAUCCAGGCAUACACGGGCGGUGACGUGGCUAAGGUUCAACAAGCCUCUGACAACCUUGUGAAUGCCAUUAAUGCCGGCACUACCCAGGUCAGCAGCACCUCUGCCCUCAGCGGCGGUGAUGCUCUCGGUCUUCCCGGCCCCGUCAACGACCUCAAGCAGAAAAUCACUACCGCCGUUACCCACCUAUCCGGCAAGAAGUCCCAGAUUGUUCAGGCCGGCAAGGGCGGUCAGACCUAUAACGACUUGAUCCAGCAGAAGAAUGCCGCGAAAAAGCUCUCGGAUACGAUCGUUUCCAAGGUUCCUGAUAACUUGCAGAGCGUUGCCGCUGGAAUCGCCGGCGGUAUUUCUGACGCGAUCGAGAAGGGUGUCAAAGACUUCCAGGACCAGGCUGCAAAGGGUGGCAAGCGCGAUAUCGCGAGCCCCCAUGCUGUCGCUGCCAUUGCCGUCUAA